AUGGGUACACACAGGAACUGUAAUACCCUACACAGGUCAUAUUAUACACCAUUUCAGGCAGCAGAAGUGAGUAACAUAGCUUCGACAUCAAGUGUCGACAGUCGGCCGCGUACCCCGACAGCCGACCGUGUACCCCGACAGACGGCCACCUACCCUGACAGCCGACCGUGUACCCCGACCCCGACAGCCGACCGUGUAACCCGACAGCCGGCCACCUACCCAGACAGCCGACCGUGUACCCCGACAGACGGCCAUCUACCCAGACAGCCGACCGUGUACCCAAACCCCGACAGCCGACCGUGUACCCCGACAGCCGGCCACUUUCCCAGACAGCCGACCGUGUACCCCGACCCCGACAGCCGACCGUGUAACCCGACAGCCGGCCAUCUACCCAGACAGCCGACCGUGUACCCCAACAGACGGCCAUCUACCCAGACAGCCGACCGUGUACCCAAACCCCGACAGCCGACCGUGUACCCCGACAGCCGGCCACCUACCCAGACAGCCGACCGUGUACCCCGACCCCGACAGCCGACCGUGUACCCCGACAGACGGCCACCUACCCCGACAGCCGACCGUGUACCCAAACCCCGACAGCCGACCUUGUACCCCGACAGCCGGCCACCUACUCCAACAGUGGACCGUGUACCCCGACAGCCGACCAUGUACCCCGACAGAUGGCCACCUACCCCGACAGCCGACCGUGUAGCCCAGAUAGCGGUCGUGUACCCCGACAGAUGGCCACCUACCCCGACAGCCGACCAUGUACCCCAGAUAGCGGCCGUGUAUCCCCUUCUGUAUUCAGAGACACCUGUUGGAUGGUGGCCCAUUAUGCUACCACUGCAGUUUAAGAGUUGCACAAUACUGAAGAUAGCAUUGCACCUUACAGUACUAUUCUGUGAUGCUAGUGACCAAAUUAGGUGA